CAAUCAAUACCUCGCCACAAUUACGUCACGAAAGGGCAGCACUUUGCAAGAUAUCUAGGAAGUCAAGAUACCCUUGAGUCACUGCGGGCGACCCAGAACGCAACCGAUGGUCACUGCGCCUUUCGUGGGCGACUUAGCGAGUGCUGGCAUCGAGCUUGGUGUUAAUUGCUUAUAUAAUUGUAGCUCCUAUUCACGACGAGUUUGCAUUCUACUCGCCUAGUGUCGACGUUGUGAUAGCACUGUCAUCGUGCUGUGAACCCUGAUGGAUUUCGAAAAUGCGGUGACGGUAACAUUUCCUUUGCUCGAACUGCCUGAGGAGCUGCAGAUCGAAGUGCUUCGCAAGUUAACCCCGCAAGAUGCCAAUAGGAUUCGAUGCGCUUCAUCCCAUAUGUACGCGAUGGUCGAAGGAAAUCGAAUGUCACUGGCAAGAAGAAAAGUCAGAUCCGUCUCUAUCGCUCCGAAUUGGAGCGAGUUGGUUCCCAGACGCGAGAACAUUCCAGCUGCAGAACGUCUGAAUUACGACGAGGAUGAAUUUGCUCGUUUGUUCCGUGCCUGUGAUGUCGAUAUGCUGCACAUUAUUAAUUUCGACUUCACUCAAGCAUUCGUUGAGUCGUUUCUCAGCGUGCUUUCGCGGAACCAGAUCCGAGUAGCACAGUUUAAUUUUGGAAUUUGUCGCUUCUCCUGCGAUCCAAGCACGUUCUGUCAACUUCUGCCAGCUGCGAAGCUGACAGAACUUUGCAUUAUGACCAGUAGCGCAUCUCAGUCGGACUUCUCAGCUCAGGUGCUGUCAUCACAGGAAGCGAAGCAGCUGAACCGCCUGGCCAUAGGCUUCCCAUCGGAAGUUUCCGACAACUACUUGCUUUCUUCAAAACUCAGCUGGCUAGCCGUAACCGACACUACCAUUUCAUCUGCCGCAAUCCACACCUUCGUUCUGGAAUGGACCCACGGAAAAAGAUCUUUCGAUUACCUUGGCCUGACCACCACUUGCCAUGUGGAUGCAAGAACAGUCCUUCAGGGGACCACUUUUUGCCAAACUGGUCCCAACAUUUUCGCACUGAUUAACAAUCUCGGAGAGGAGAUGACAGCCACCAUCGAUGAGAAUUCUUUCGUGAUGUACAAUAAAGAAGCGGAGCGAAUUAUGCGGGAGUUCGAUAGCUAAACUUGCAUGUAUUUUUAGUUUUGUUUCUAUUAUUGUUGUCUGUUAAAUAGUUGAUAGAUAGUUUGCAUGCAAGUUCAGAGUUAUAUAUAAGCAUAGCAACAUAAAUAAUUCGCAUGAGCUCAUGUACGAGUUUACUGUACU